AUUAGGUUUUAUCAUAACUACGUUUUUUUUCCCUCUCUAAAAUUUGAAAAAUCUGAGAUUUAUUAAUAUUUAAUUUUGAUGGGGAACCCAGAUGAAUUAGUUUCAGCAAUUGAUAGAAUUAAAAUGCAUCUUCUGGGAGAAUUGUCUCCCCGUGAUAUCGGUAGCACAACGACGUCGUUUUUCAGUUCUGGAUCUGACUACUAUUUAUCGGAUCCUGGGUUUUCAGUUUCCGAUUAUUCCGUCGAUUAUCAGCAAAAUAAUCCAUUUUUGCCGGUUAUUGAUCUGACGACGCCGAGAUCGAAGCCGUCACUGCGGAUUGAAUUGCCGGCGGCGGUGAACAAGUUUGAGUGGAUUGACUUCCAGGAAUCCAGUCAAGCGGCAAAUCCGGUGGUGGAAGAGGAGCAACCGCAACGGCACUACAGAGGGGUUAGGCGGCGGCCGUGGGGCAAGUACGCGGCGGAGAUCCGCGACCCCGCUCGACGCGGGUCGAGAGUGUGGCUGGGGACUUUCGAAACUGCGGCGGAGGCGGCCAGGGCUUAUGAUAGAGCCGCGUUUGAGAUGCGCGGAAGCAAGGCGAUUCUCAACUUUCCGCUGGAAAUCCAGCGAGAGGAGUGCGAGCGGCGGGCGGCGGCUGAGGUCGGAGGGAAGCGGCGGAGAGACGAGGAGGAAGAAGUUGCAGAAAUUAGUAGGCCGAAAAUGGUGAAAUGUGAUAGUGAGUGGGCCCCGCUUACGCCGUCGUUUUGGCAGUUAUCUCCAUAUGGAGCUAUCCUCAGCUCCUAGUGCUAAGAACUUGCUUGUAUAUUGAAAACAAAAAAAAUAGAAAUAUCCAAGGACUAUAAAGCAAACAUUUUUUAA